AUGUCUCCCCGUGAGGAAUUCGGCGAUUUCAAUCGAAAGAUUUCGCAGACGAGUACGGUAAGCAUGGAGAUGUUUUUGUAAUUCCAAACGCCAAUUUGAAUACCCGUUUCAGAUCAUUGGAGUGGAUGAAAAAUCUCCGGCUGACAGCUUCUCGAGCACAUCCCAAAAUGAAGAGGACGACAACAAAAAUGUUACCUACACUCCUUCGAUGUUCGAGAAAAUAAUCAAUUUUUUGUUGUGCCGGUAUGUUAUUUCUAUUCCCAAUUUACCAGAAAUCCUUCAAUUUCAGAUGUGACCUGUCUUCACAAGUAUUGGAGGCCCGCCCGGUUUCCCUCGUGCAACUGGUUAGUCAUCACAUUCAAAAUAUUGUAUUUCGUGUUCCGUUUUCAGUUUCGGUACGCGACCACUUACGACUACAUUCUCCUUUUUGAGGGUUUGGUGUGUUCCCUGGUAUCCGGUGUUUCUCAACCUGUUCUUGCCAUUAUAUCGUAAGAAUUGAGUUUGACUGAAAAGUUGAUUUUUUGAUUAUAGGGGUCGGAUGACAAACGUUCUUCUGGUUUACGAUCCGUUGAGCAAAGAGUUCAAAACCAAAGCAAUGGAAAAUGUGUAUAUAUUUCUGGGGCUUGGAAUAUUCGUAUCACUUAAUGAUUUCUGUCAGGUAUUCGUUAAAAAUUCAUAAACGUGUAAAUCUUUUUUUUUCAGUACAUGUGCUUUCAACGAUGUUGUAGUCGAAUUAUGACACAAAUGAGAAACAGAUACAUUGAAUCGGUUUUGAGACAAAAUGCCGAAUGGUUUGAUAAAAAUCUAUCUGGAACGAUCACAACCAGACUCAAUGAGUGAGUCUUGAUCGAGCUCAUUACAUUAGAAAUUCAAAUAAUAUUGAAUUUCAGCAACAUGGAAAGAAUUCAAGAGGGAAUCGGAGAUAAGCUCGGAGUUCUCAUCCGUGGAGCGAGUAUGGUUUUGACCUCCGUUAUCAUCUCUCUAUGCUACGAAUGGAGACUGGCUUUGAUGAUGUUGGGACUCAUUCCUAUUUGUACCAUUUGCAUGACACUCCUUUCACGGGUUAGUUUCUACUUUCUGAGCAUCAUGAUUUUCAAAAAUUUUGUUGAAGUUUCUCGAAAAAAGCACAAUGGAAGAAUUGGACAAGGUCGGAGUUGCGGGAGCGAUCGCUGAGGAAGCAUUGAUGGGAGUGCGGACAAUCCAGGCAUUUAACGGUCAGGAAGAAAUGGUUGCCAAGUACGAAAACGAACUGAAUUGUGGAAAGAAACAUGCCGUCAUGGGAGGAUUCUGGAGUGGAUUCUUUGGAGGUCUAUUCUUCUUCUGGCUGAUAGCAUUCGUAGGAACUGGUGUUCUCUACGGCGGAUAUCUGCUCAAAGUCGGAAUCAUCAAGGCUCCUGGCGACGUGUUCAUUAUCAUUAUCGCUAUGCUUCUCGGUGCUUACUUCCUCGGACUCAUUUCUCCUCAUUUGAUGGUGCUCCUCAACGCAAGAGUAUCAGCUGCAUCGAUUUACAAGACUAUCGAUCGUGUACCCCAGAUUGAUCCGUACUCGAAAGCUGGAAAGAAACUGGAUAAAGUUGUCGGAAGAGUGACAUUCCAAAAUUUACAUUUCCGAUAUCCGACAAGAAAAGAAGCAAAGGUUCUGAACGGUCUGAACCUGACUGUUGAACCCGGAACAUCAGUAGCAUUAGUUGGUCACUCUGGGUGCGGAAAAUCGACGUCCGUUGGGCUGUUAACUCGACUUUAUGAACCGGAGGGCGGAAGUGUCCAAGUGGACGGAGUUGAUUUUAGGGACCUAAAUAUUGAAUGGCUUCGGAAUGUUAUUGGAAUCGUGCAGCAGGAACCAAUUUUGUUUAACGAAACUAUUCACAACAACUUAAUCAUUGGGAAUCCAGACGCAACUCGCGAGAAAAUGAUUGAAGUGUGCAAAAUGGCCAACGCACAUGAAUUCAUCAUGAAGAUGCCAAAAGGAUAUGAAACUGUGAUCGGAGACGGAGGCGUUCAGUUAUCCGGAGGACAGAAACAAAGAGUUGCAAUUGCAAGAACUCUGAUUCGUGAUCCAAAGAUUCUUCUGCUUGACGAGGCCACGUCGGCCCUUGAUGCUCAAAGUGAAAGUGUCGUGCAAUCUGCUCUCAACAACGCAUCCAAAGGAAGAACGACCAUCAUGAUUGCUCACAGACUCUCUACCAUUCGUGAAGCCGACAAAAUUGUAUUCUUUGAGAAAGGAGUCAUUGUUGAAAGUGGUAACCAUGAGGAACUGGUACAUUUAGGAGGAAGAUAUUAUGAUUUGGUGAAAGCUCAGCAGUUCAAACAAGAUGCAGAAGAAAUACGACUCGAAGAAGAAGACAAAGACCAGUUUGAUGAGUAAGUACUUGGUUUUUUUCCCUAUAGAAUUGAAUAGUUGCAGAUUUGAAGAGCCAAUCAUCUUCAAUCGUCAAGGAUCGGUGAGAAGCUCUCAACGUUCCGGAUCCGAUGCAUUCCGAAGAGGAACUCUUGCAAACCGGUCAUUUGACAGCCUUCGCAAAGGAUAUCAUGUUCCGUCCGCUGAAGACGACGCAUUUGGACUGCAAGUGAGAAAAGUGAUGGAGGAAGACGGAGAAAUAACCGCAGGAUAUAUCGACAUUUUCAAAAAUGCACAAGGUAAACGCAUAAUACUUUUAUUUUUGAAGAAAAAAGCGUGUUUCAGGAAAUUACCUCUACAUGCUGAUAGGUCUGGUCAGCGCCUUGAUAAGAGGACUGGACCUUCCGACCUAUGCACUUUUAUUUGGUUGGGUGUUCGAAGGUUUUGAGUUUGUCCCAUACGGAUCAAAAAUGAUGCAUAGGUUUGUAAUGGCUGCUAUUGCUUUCUCGGCAGCUGGACUCGGCAUUUGGUUCUUCCAGAUUGUCAGCGUAAGUUAUUAUUCCCCGAUUGGUCUCGUUACGAACAGACUUUCAGAGUGUCAUGUUUGCCAUCGUUUCCGAAAACCUUGCAGUUCGAUUCCGAGUAGCCGCAUUCCGCAAUCUUUUGUAUCAGGACGCUUCUUACUUCGACAAUCCCGCACAUGCACCCGGAAGUCUCAUCACCAGACUAGCCUCAGAUCCCCCAAACGUGAAAGCAGUGGUAGACGGAAGAAUGAUGCAGGUGGUGUACGCGUUUUCGGCGCUCGUCGCCUGCGUGACAAUUGGAUUCAUCAACUGUUGGCAAGUGGCAAUACUCGGAACUGCACUCGUUGCUUUUCUCGGCAGUCUCAUGGUUGGGUUGGCCUACAAAAUCAAUCUGGUCGCCAUCGAACACAUGGAGAACGACGUGGCUGGAAAAGUCGCUAUAGAAAUCAUCGAAAAUGUGAAAACAAUUCAACUUCUGACGAGAACAGAGCAUUUCUUCAACAGUUAUGCAAACGAAUCCAAGAACCGAAAGCGAACGGAAUUGAGGAAAUCCGUGUACGAAGCUGUCAGCUACAGUAUCACGCAAAACUUUAUGUACUACAUGUCCUGUUUCUGUUUUGCGUUGGCGAUACGAGUUAUCAAUCAGGGCGAACAACCAGCCGACACGACUUACAGGUGAAUUUGAAGUUUUUUGUCACAAAAUAACAACUUGAUUUGCUUGCAGGUGCUUGAUGGCCAUGAUGAUGUGCUCCGAAGGGGUUAUUCUGUCGUCGCAAUUCUUCCCGGAGUUUGUGAAAGCAAAAGCUGCCGCGGGAAAGAUGUUCAACUUGAUCUACCGAAAACCACAGACAGGAGACGCGAACAACGGAAGUCGGCCACAAUUACGAGGAAAUAUCCUUUUCGAGGAUGUCAAGUUCUCUUACCCACAAAGACCUCAUCAGCCGGUUAUGAGAGGACUUCAAUGGACUGCUCUCCGCGGACAGACUGUCGCUCUCGUGGGACCGUCCGGAUCUGGAAAGAGUACUUGCAUCGGAAUGCUCGAAAGAUUCUACGACGUCACUGGAGGAGUACUUCGAAUUGACGGACAAGAUAUCAAAAACAUUUCAUUGCAACAUUUGAGAACUCAAAUGGCACUGGUUGGUCAAGAACCGCGAUUGUUUGUGGGAACCAUACGCGAGAACAUAUGUCUCGGAUUGAAGGAUGUUCCACUCGAGAAGAUCAACCAUGCUUUGGAACUGGCCAACGCCAACCGAUUCCUUGCAAACUUGCCGGCUGGUAUUGACACUGAUGUGGGAGAAAAGGGUUCUCAACUUUCCGGAGGACAGAAACAAAGAAUUGCCAUUGCGAGAGCACUCGUCAGAGAUCCGAAGAUCCUUCUGCUCGACGAAGCGACUUCUGCUUUGGAUUCUGAAUCUGAGAGGGUAAACCACUCUUCAAACGUUUCACGAUAUAAUUUCAUAAUUUCAGGCUGUACAAGAAGCAUUGGAUCGAGCUCGCGAGGGCCGGACUUGCAUCACCAUUGCUCAUCGCUUGUCCUCAAUUCAAAACUCUGACUUGAUUGUGUACAUUGACAAAGGCCGAGUUCAAGAAGCGGGAACUCACUCUGAAUUGAUGCAUAUGAAAGGAAAAUACUACGAAUUGAUUAAGAAACAAGACCUUGCAAUUUGA